AUGACCUCAGGAACUCCCGUGAGUGGAUCGAAUUCAUGCUUGAAUGAAGGCUUAACAAUGCGACGAGGUUUAUUUGGACGUUUGUUUCUUCUUCUUCGGCCAAUUCGUUCUCAGUUCAGUUACUGGAUUAUAAAUCCAAAGCCUUUCUGCCCAUUAACAAACUGCAACAAAUCAUUUCGUGUUCCUGGCCUGUUUAUUCUUAUUGUUUUUGGGAUACCAAUUUCGUUGUCGCUCGAUUAUUUAAUUUUGCCCCUUUCUCUCUUAAUUUCUGUUUUAUUAUUGUUACUUGCUUUAUGGUUUUGUUUUCAGUACCUAGAACAGACAAUAGUUUAUGCUUGUGAUGAACCACCGUCUUCGAAAUUUUUAUACAUGAAUCCAUCAUGUUUUGGAUUUUCUACAUGGGAAUUGGUAAAAUUAUGUCCUAAUGGCAACACUGGGCCAACAAUUAUUGGUUUCCUUCUUCUUCAGCCUGAUUUAUGUCGCAGAAAGUCUUGUCCAGUUGUGCUUCUUUUGCAUGGAAAUGCAGGAAACUCUACUACCCGGCUACCAAUGUGUCAAGUUUUAGAAAACCGUUUUCAAUGUAAUAUUUUUAUUAUAGACUAUCGAGGUUAUGGUCAAAGUACCGGAAAGCCAAGUGAAGAGGGUUUAUAUGCAGAUUGUACGUGUGCUCUUAAUUAUUUAUACAUGAGAAGUGAUCUGAACAAUGAAAAAAUAUUUGUACUUGGUCGAUCGUUGGGAGGAGCGUUAGGUAUUUAUUUGGCAGUGGAUCCUACAUCAAGUGAGAAAAUAUGUGGUGUUAUUAUUGAAAAUACGUUUACAUCUAUCACUGAUGCUGCAAGUCAUAUCCUCAAUAUACCCUGUAAAUUGCCCUCUUGGUUGUUCUCAAAUCAAUAUACCUCCUUGGCUAGACUUCAAAGUUGUAGCAAAUCUAGAAAGAAAUCCUCAGCUUUCCCACCUCUUUUGCUUAUCUCAGGUGAGUUGGAUAAUAUUAUUCCACCAAAAAUGAUGUGGAAGCUUGCUGAAGCUUAUGAAAAUAUAGUGACAAAACAGCAUAUUCGAAAUGAGUGUAGUUCGAGCGUAAUGUACGACGACUCCCCAAAGCCUAACUCGCUUUCCCAAAACCCAGUUACCUUCAUUAAUUCUGGAAGAGAUGGUCUUGUGAGUUUUCCGGAUGGUCAUCAUAAUGAUACUUGGCUUUGUAACAAGUGGUCAGACGUUAUUUUACGUUUUAUCGAGCAAUCCAGCGUACAUAUCAGAAGUACUGUCAACGAAAUUGAUCUCAAUGUAUCUGUCUGAUCACUUUGCCCUUUUUUUUUCUCGAAAAUUUUUAUACAUUGUGCAUUAGUUAUUUUGAACAGUUUUUAUAGCUUGAUUUCGUGGGAACGUUUAUAGUUCAACUAUCCUUUCUCUAGAUUAUGAAGCAUAAAUAUCAGAUUGAAUAACGUUUUCACUUUCCACUCUUUUAGACCCGAGUGUGUUACGGUCCCAGUUAGUUUACGGCUUAACUAAUUUCAGUACUGUUAAUUGUUGACAUACGAAUUCUGUAAAACGUUUCUCUUCUAUCCCGUGCUUAGUAUCACGGUGUACUCUUCCAAUUUCAGUGUAUGUAUUACUUAAGAUACUUCUACUCAUUUUAUGUUGUAAGUUUGAAGUAAAUCAUGUUUGCGUGGGAUUUUUAUGUUUCCAGAGCUAUAAAUGAACACUCACUUUUGGAGUAACUCUUAAUUUCGGCCUAUGCUCGAAAAUGGGAAUCGUUGUUACAAAUAAUUUAGACGAUAUUCAUUGGUGUCGGGUUGUGUUGGUUAUGAUUAAUUGAUUUUCACCAUUGGUAAACUGCUAUCUUAGUGGGGUUCGCUAUCUACCAUGAGGAACAUCAGGUGAUUGUACGCAGCCACAAAUAUCAGUACGGUUAUAAAAAUGGUUCAUCUCGCUUCUAUUGGCAGACUGAUAAAACAAUCAUUGAACCUUAAUUUAUACUGGUCCUCAUUAUCAGUAACUUUUAAUCAUUAAUUGUAGAACAACUGUCAAGCUAGAUGUAAUAGUCGAGUAAAGUUCGCCGGGGAGAUGCCACUCGAUAAGCAAUCUAUCGGUUAGUUUGGUUAGUGUUUUUGGGAGGUGAUUAUUAAUUUGCUACAUCCAUGUUUUGAUUGCAGUAUGCAGAAAGUAUGAUACUUACUCAUAUUGAAUUUUUUAAGCUAUGAACGAUCACUGCGAUCUUUACUGAUGUACUUCUCCGAAGCGUGGCGCUGACAUUGCUCUUGAAAUUUCUAUUGUUUGGUAUUUCGCGAGUUUUUUUUAAAUAAAGUGAUGUUUGAU